CCUUACCUGCCUCAGGUGUGACAAUUUUAAAACGAGACAGAAAACAACAAACAUGGCGUGCUUACACAGAUUCCUGUGUUGGAAUCUCCGAACAGCAUGCUUUGUGGGCUAUAUCUUAACCGUGUUUACAGCCACCUUUGCGCUGACACUCCGCCUGGUGGAUUUGAUAGCUACAGCGACAGACUUUGAGAUAAGCAUGGGUUUUAAAACCUUGUGGCGGGCUCACUUUUGGCAAAGUUUUCUGGCCAGUGACAUAGUUCUCACUUUCGGUCAUGUUGUGGUCAUUCUUUACUCGGGCUUUAUGAUUCUUCAAGUAAUGGAAAGGCAUUUUGUGAUGUACAUGAGAGCUCACAAAAUUUUCAUCAUUUGCUUCAUCAUCUACAUCCUGGUGGAAUUUGCCUUCUCCGUGUUUGAGUACACUUUCUAUUCCAUGAAUACGUUUAGGUUAUCCUUUGUUGUGUUUACAUGGCUGUUUUGGGUGAUGCGGACACUUUUGAAUGUAAGGGAGGUUAAAAGUCAUAUAUUUCCAUGCAGUAAUUGCUUUCCAUUUACUUAUAUAUUAAAAGUUUAUUAUCUACAAAAUUUUAUUCUAAUGUUCAGAUACAAACAGGAGAAACUGAACUAAAGCUAAGAUAGACAAAUCUACAACCAUGAAAUGAAGACUAUGCAAACAUGCUGGUGUUUUGAAACAUGUAUAUUAUAUUCAAUAUUUUAUCACUGUGCAUCUCCAUUUUCUGCAGUUGCAGUAUACCUGUAUAUAUCUAUAUAAAUGUUUUGUGAUUGUAAUUCUUGUGGAUUUUUCUAAUCCUUUUGGUUCUACACAAAAAAUAAACAACCACAGAGAAUACCUGUUACACGGUACUAGCUACUAGACUUGCUGAGGUCUCUAUGUUUGAUAAUAAUGCUCUCUUUAAAUUAAUACUUUUUUAAAUAAUGCCAAACAUCAGUGUUUGGUGACAUGAAGUAUGGUAUUUAGAUUUCUGAAACACAGUAAAAUUUGGAUGAAAUGAUAAAGUAAUAAAAACAACAUAGACACUUGAGUAAGUCUACACCUGUUGUUCUUUUAACUUUAUUUUUACAAGGGGAGAUAACUCUGCUGUACACUUUUUUAAGGUGACUUUCUGUGUAGUGCUGGUAGCCAGAAAACAGGAAAUGAUGGAGCAGAUGGAAAUGGAACUCAGAUUUGCAGGGGAGGCAAAGCGAGGUCAUUACUGAGGUCAAAGGUCAACUGCUGACAGAAAAGUACCAAAGUCCUCUCAUCCUGCCAUUUAUAAUCGGGCAUAUCAUCGCUCUGUCAUUUAAACAACGGGAAUCUCCUUAUCUUUUCAGAAGUGUACUGACAAGAGACAUAGUUUUCAUCUUCUUUCCUAAGAAAUUUUAGUUGCUCCAAUAUACAUGUAUUGCACUUGAAUGUUUUAGUAAUUGGUGAUGUAUCAGUUAGAUUUUAUUACAGAUUGGAAACAUGUAUUACUUUUAUAUGUUUCAACUCAAAUUCAGCAAUAUUAUGUACUAUUAUGAUAAUAGAGAAAACCCAUUACAUUCAGCAGUUCCUGAUUUGUUUAGUAUUAUUUGUAUCUGCGUACAGCUGAAGGCUAGUAAGAUAUAUAACCCUCCUUACACAAGUAACCCAGACAACAGCCCAGAAACACAGGAUCAUCCAUGUCAAUACCUUAACAUAGUCACAUUUCUACUGUCCAUGUAAAUACCAUAUUCAUAUUUUUACUGUGUGGAUAAAGACAUUCAUUUUUAUAUAAAUCAUUUAAUAAAUCGUUUAUUUAUAACUGUA